AUGGGAACGGCUAUUUCUCUAGCAGGAGAUGCCUCUCGUGCAUCUAAUGGGCGGGCGGCAUCGGUGGAGUGUGUCUCCAGAGUUUCCCCUUUACUUCCAGAGAAACCCAAUAACAUGAAUGGAUAUGUAUCGCAGAGAGCACAGUCCGCCGCACCACGACCAUUAAUGAAUUUCGCGACGGAACGUAUAUCUUCAUCUGCGCCUAAUAGUGCGAUAUCUAGACAUUCUAAAGAGUCUUGUAGUAUAAACGGUUUAAGUGGUUCUAUUGUGAGUAAUGGAUCUUUCAGUGGUUUGGAGUCGGGACAGGAGGUACGAACAUCACCAGAGAAGUUUAGUUCGUUAAUACGUCAAGCGAAUACUUCUGUUGGUCUUUUAACAGUCAGUCCUAUCAAUCCUUCAUUAUCUCCUGAAGAUAUGGUUACUAUUGAAGGAACAAACAUAUCUAUAAAAGAUUCACAGGGUCUGUUGGGGAAGAAGUCAUCUGAUUUAACACUCUAUCAAGCCGAUUUGCCAGACAUUACUUCCCCUUCUCUCGUUGUCAAUAAAGAUGUGAAUUCAGGAUCUUUCUCAAUCCCUCCGGUUUCAAGCCCUAUUCGUAAUAAUACAGAGAAUGAUGCAAGUCCUGUAGCACCAUUUCUUACGGAAUUAAAUAUAUCAAAUUUCCCAAAAAGGAAAAAUGACUCUAACAGUUUAUUAUCAUCUGCAUUCCCACGGUACUUCUCAGUUCCCUGUAGAACAUGUCCAUCAUGGCUUGAUGAUGAUAACUCGGAUUCCAUCACUCCACAAAGUGGUUUAAACUCGCGUGAACGAGGAAUAAGUGAUGGAAAUGGUGGUGGUAAUGGUGAUAGAAGUAAAGUUUUCAGCAGAAUGGUUUCUCUACGUUUACCAAAUAUCACCAGUGGCCUUGUGGAGGAUGAAACAAAUAAUAAACAAUCCCCCUUCCUCACACCACAAGCCCCACCCACACGACGAUCGGAAUGGAAUCAUUCUAGAGUUAUUCGUAGCCCACAGGCGGGAGAUCUACGAACUUCUGUCAUUUCCACAAGAGGGAAAAGAGUACAACGAUUAGGGAAACGUAAAGGACUCAAUGUAUUAAGUGCAUCUGAUGGGGCGAUACAUUCACCCUAUUUGAUGAGAGAAGUACUCAUACAACCUAAAGGGAAUGAUUCGGUUUUACAAGACUCUCUAACGCCGGAAAACUGUUUAUCUCCAUUAGGAGAUGAAAAACAGACAAUGAGCCUGGCGACUAUCCAAAUUGCACAGCCAGAUGGUGAGGAAGAUGUGAAAAGAGAGAAUGACAGCUUUUCUUCGGCCCUACGCCGAUCACGGGCACGUAUUGUCUCAUUUGAUAAGGUGGCUAUUUUUUCUGAUGUAGAACAGGAAGAAUAUAAAGAAGAGGAACAACAACAACAACAACAACAACAAGGACAAGGACAAAGACAAGAAGAAAUCAGAGCGACAGAAGAAGAAGAACCCCAUAUGGUGGAUGAAACGAUGAAAGAGGAAGAAGUAGAAGAAAUACGUUCCAAGAAUUUCAUCACCUCUUCAUUCGAACUCUGUAAAUUUAUUCCUCUUCCUGGUAGUAGUAGUAGUAAUCGGACAGGAGUGGCCAGUCCGACUUUUGAGAAUCCCACUUCACAGAUAUCCACUGUGCUCAGUCAAAGUGAUGUGAUGGAGACCAGUUGUCAUUACACCGCCUCUCCACUCACUAGUUCACCUCGACAUUUAAUUGUUCCUUUAGUGGAGCGGCCACAACGCGAAAAUUUGGCACAUCGACGUACCUUUCGCCCGAGGCCCGUGUUAAUGGGCACUCAAAGUUUUCUGAAGAAACCUUAA